UUUGCUUGACUGCGGUCCUUUCUGUGAACCAAGCACAACAUUUCCUACAUCACCCAUCUUUGCUACUCAGUCGGUUAAUUGUUAUCCGACACUUCCCCGCAUACCAUGGAUAAGCUUCGGCACAUGGAGUGGUCCGUGUUCGGACUACAAAAAAGAUUUUCUCCAUCGCGGCCCUUGCUUACGUUGAUCAUUGGAUGUCUUGCUGACCGCCGCAUGCGCACCAAUCUGGCUGCUUGAUGUUCUUUCAGUGUUGAUCUUUGUUUUCUUCGCACCUUUGCCUUCGCUUCUGUUCUCAUUCCUCAGUUUCUGCAGCGCGUGCGAUUUGCACAACACUCGGUCGCGAAAAAUGGCUACCCCUACUGAGAAGGAGAAUAGCGUGUCUGGCGCGGACAAGUUGGAUGAUGUCAAGCUCGAGGUUCAGCCCGGCCAAAACACCGAUGAAGCACCACUCACCACUUUUACGGCGGAGGAGGAGCGGGCACUUGUAUGGAAGCAGGAUAUGGCUAUUCUGCCAUUGUCGGCAGCAAUCUACUUCCUUUGCUACCUCGAUCGCUCCAACAUAGGGAACGCGAAAAUUCUCAACUCCAGCACCAAGAACGACAUGCAGUCAGAAACCCACACCACCAGCUAUCAAUUCACCAUCGCGCUUCUAGUGUUCCUCGUCGCCUACGCCAUUUUCGAAGUUCCCUCCAACAUCUUGCUCAAAAAGCUGCGCCCGUCGCGAUGGAUUGCGUUUUUGAUGUUCAGCUGGGGCGCCAUCACCAUCGGCUUGGGCGGCACCUCCACCUUUCCUCAAAUCACCGGCGUUCGGUUCCUGCUCGGCAUGUUCGAGGCCGGCCUGUUCCCCGGCUUGGUCUACUACCUGACCUUUUGGUACAAGGCCGAGGAGCGCUCCGUCCGCGUCGCAUUCAUCCUCGCCAGCGCCACCCUGGCGGGCGCUUUCGGCGGUGCUCUCGCCUACGCAAUAGGUCACAUGAACGGCGUGCACGGUCUGUCGGCAUGGCGCUGGCUCUUCAUCCUCGAGGGUCUGCCCAGCUGCCUGUCCGCUUUCGCUGUUUGGUUCCUGCUUCCCGACUUUCCCGAGGAGUGGUCGCGCCUGUCGACCAGGGAGCGCGACAUCUCGCACGCCCGAUUGGCGAUUGACGGCAGCAAGCAACACCACAGCAGCAUGAGCUGGGCAGAGGCAAAGGCCACCUUGACCGACUGGAGAUUGUACGGGCACUACGCCAUAUACUUUGGCAUCUCGACCCCGUUCAGCAGCCUGUCCUUGUUCACGCCCACCAUCACCGCUGGCCUGGGGUACUUUGACCUGCAGGCGCAACUCAUGACAGUGCCUCCGUACGCGGUAGCCUAUGUCGUGCAAAUCAUUACCUCGUACUCUGCCGAUCACUUCAACGCCCGCGGAAUUCACUCGGCCGUCUGCGCCACCAUGGGCGGCAUCGGCUUCCUCGUCUCGGGCAUCCUCCCGCCAUCCGCCUUUGCCGCGCGCUACGGCUGCCUGAUCCUCGGCUCCGCGGGCGCCUUUAGCUGCAUCCCGCCCCUGCUCGGCUGGCUGUCGUCCAACAUCUUCAGCACGGGAGCCGUCGGCCUGGCCAUCGCCAUCAACGUCAGCAUAGGCGGCGGCCUGGGCCAGAUCCCCGGCGUCUGGAUCUACAAGCCCGAGGAGGCCAAGCUGGGCUACCCCACGGGGCAUUUCACCAACGCCGCGCUGCUGUUCUUUGUCGCUGCCGGUGCGCUGGGCCUGAGGUUCUUUUACGGAUGGAAGAACGCCAAGCUGCUGAGGGAGAAUCCUGGUGGGAAUGUGCGAAUCUUUAGGCUGUAGUUUACGCACCCCUGGCCCGUGGCAUCAUUGAAGACGAAAUGUUUUAGCGAGAUGAGACAGUUUUUUUCCUGUCAACAAGGGUCGCAUUACGAUAUCCUGAGGUUUUGGGUAGGGGAAUUGCAUAGGUAGUAUCUGUUAUGUAAUAAUUUGCAGGCCUUGC